CUGGCUGCACCCCCCCACUGACACCAGAAGAAUGUCUGACUUUGUCUGGGACAAAUCGAAGGCUGGGCCGUCCAGCAGGGACUGCAGGACUCCACCAGAGAAGGAUAAAGGGAAGAGGAAGUCUGCUCGAUCUGAUCAACCUGAUCAAACUGAGUUAGCCAAAAAGAAAUCAAGAACGAGUGAACAAUCCUGUGACGCAGCGAUGGGAACAGGUGCAGUGCUGACUGAGGUGAAAAAGACCAUGAGAGAGGUCGGUGACAGACUGGAUGAGCAGGUGAACACGGAGCUCAAGGCCUUUCUGAGGGAUAAAAUUAAUGAUUUGGAAAAAGGCAGAAAGGAGACAGUGGGCAUCUUUGGUAAAACAGGGGCUGGAAAAAGCUCUCUGAUCAAUACCAUCAUUGGAGAGAAGGACCUGUUGCCCACUGGGAGCAUGACUGCCUGCACCUCAGUCGUGACGAAGGUGGAGGCCAAUAUGAGCAGCUGCAAGUAUGAGGCAGAGAUUCAGUUCAUUACCAAAAAGGAAUGGGACGAUGAGUUAUGGUUCUUAUUAAUGAACAAUAAUCCAGAGGAUCCAGAUGAGGAAGACAAUAAUGACGCCGUUGAUGAUGAUUGGGAUGACCAUGAGGAUGAUGAUGACGGUGAUGAUGAUGAUGGAAAGAUCUUAGCACUGUAUGGAAAAGACAUUAGGAAAACCCUUGAAGAACUCAUGGAUGUCAAGCAUUUCAGAGAAAUCCCAGAAUUUCUCAGAUCUACAAAGAAGGAACUGAAAAGUGACACAGCCGCAGAGCUAUCUGCUCGACUCCAAAGGUUCACAAGACAUGACGAGGAAAACGAGGCAGGACGACAGUACUGGCCUCUCGUCAAGUGUGUGACCAUCAAGGUGCCAAGAAGACCAGGUGUCCCCGAUCUUCUUGAGCACGUCACACUUAUGGAUCUUCCUGGAACUGGAGAUCGUAACCAACACAGAAAUAAAAUGUGGAAAGAGUUCGUUGGCAGCUGUUCCACUGUGUGGAUUAUGGCCGAGAUGAAUCGUGUCAUGGCGGAGACCGAGGCCUGGGACAUCCUGAAAAACACCGCCAGCCUCAUGGGAAACGGUGGAGAGUGUCAACGCAUCGUCUUCAUCUGCACCAAGUCUGAUGACACAGGGAUGUCAAAGGGGUCUAAAGAGGAAAAAUGUGAAACCAUCUUAAAAAGAAACAAGCGAGCCAAAGAAAAAGUGAUGAAAGAAUUCAAGAAACAAGAGCACAUUAAGAAACAUCUCAGCGACGACAGUGAUGACGUUUUCCAAGUGUUCACAGUGAGCUCCCAUGAGUUUGUGAAUGCAGACUGUCUACAGAAAGCUGAGACUGAACUGCCCAAACUUCAGGAGUUUCUGCAAAAUCUCAAUGACCGUCAAUCGAAGACAUCAAACUAUGUCUCUGAAGCUUAUGGGAUCCUCUCUCUGAUUCAGGGAGCCAAACGGGGAGAAAAGGCUCAACACAAAGGAGAGGUGUGCAGACUCCUGGAACAAACAAGAACAGCACAAGUUCAGAAAAUGCGUCGAUCCAUGGAAGAAGCUUAUGAGGGUUUAGAGAUCUGUCUGAGUCAGGGAGUUCAGAAAUCUCAACAAUCCUAUGAAAAAGACAUGAAAAAGGCCAUCUUACACCCUAAAGGGAACAGGGCCAAAGGAUUUUACAAGAAGCUGAACUCUAUGGUUAGGAACGGUGGCAUCUAUAAGCCAACGAAUAAGAGAAAGCAGACAAUAAACAUCAACGAGAUCUUAGCUUCACACAUGAGAAACUGCAUUGACAGAAAGUUCAAGGAGAUUUUCCCGAACGUCAGGAGCCUUAGAGCCUUCAAAGGAGCCAUCAGUAAGUUCACUCUGCACACAGAGCGCCUGGCGGACAGGUACCAGGACGUCUCGCUGCACCUGAUAUUUCUAAAGUCAGAGGAAGAAAAACUGAAGAUGGAACUGAAUGAUGGCAUCAGAGAGCGUAAGAAACACAUCUACAACUCUCUGGAGGAGUCCAUCAGGGCGUCCAUGCAGCCGUGCUAUGACGAUGCAGCGCGAGACAGCGGGACCGGCACCUUGCGAAGGAUGAGGGACACGAUUCAGACCCACCUGCAAGCCUCCAACGGCCGCAUGUUCAAUGAGGCGAAGGAGGACAUGUUACGCCAGCUGAGGAGCCUGAUGGACUGGAUCCAGAAGACAGUGGAGGACAAACUGGAGAAAUCAAUGACGCUGUCGCUCAGGACAGACGAUACCUGCAUACCAGAUGUCUCUGACGAGUACGACAAGUUGAGGAGAUUCCACGAGGCGCUGACAGGACGUCCUGGGACAGGAGCGUCGCGGGACAGUGUUGAACCAGUCGGCCCGGGAGCUGCAGGUGGAAUCGGCUCUGUGACACCAGCACAGGAAUCCUCGGUGACGACUGGAGACAGUGGCCAGAGAGAGCGCGACUCCGUGGCUCCCCCUGCAGACAAUGAGACAGGAGACACGCAGUCACAGCCACAUGCCACAGACUUGGGGGAUUCCUCCUCCAUCCCCGGCGUCUCCUCCAGCAUCCCCAGGAUCUCCAGCAUCUCCUCCAAUGUCCCCAAUGUCUCCAGCACCAGUGCGCCACAACCACCAGCUGCUGCUGCUGCUGCUGUCCGCCCAACUGGCCGUGUCCUCACCUAUGCUGUUAUGGAGUCACAACAGGAAAUAGUAAAAGCAAUCGGCGGCAUAAAUGAUCGCCUGGAUCAACUGAUAGGCGUCCUCACAAAUAUCAGUGACUCAAUAAAUGCAUUGGUGAAUAAGUGAAUUCUGUGUCCUCGGACGGCCAGCUCCCUCUGGAAUGCCCCAGUUGCGAGGACUCCACUAAUCUAAUUGCAGACACGUGGGUGUGUUAAUUAUUCAUCAGUGUUAAUUAUUCAUCAUUGUUAAUUGUUCAUGUGUCUCAGAUGUACACAUCACUGAGGACUAAUUGUUUUCACAUUAUCAACAGUUUCCCAGCAUCACCUGUAAGUGUCGCCAAAGGACCAAUAGCUGUAGAAACGUGCGUACGCCAGCUAUGAAGUUGGCGUGAGGCACCACAUAUUUCCACGGUCAUUUCUUGAUAUAUCUGAACUUUGCCGUGGAAAAGGACGUACACCACAUUUUUGUGCGUACGCACACUUUGUACAUGAGGCCCCAAGUCAGCCCAGUUGGCCUCUAUGAAUGGGAGUGUCAGGGUGGAAAUGUUGGAAACACUCUGAGAUUUCACAGUGACUCUACUGAUCAAAUGGUGCUUGCUCUAAACUUCAUAUAUAAAUUAGGAACAACCCAAAACAAAAGACUCAGAACAAGCCAGUGGCUAAAGCUAGCUUGUGUUAGUUUACAAAGUGAUUUGUUUGAUUUUCCCUGAUAAAUCUGUUUAUGUUUGGCAUAAACUGCCAUUUUGUUGUAAACUAGACCUAAACCAAUCUAAACCCUAAUCUUAACUCUUUCAAAAUAAGAUUACAGUAAUAUAUUAUGACCUAACCACAACCUGGCACUAACCUGAACCAAACCUAGAUCAAAAUUAUACCUAGAUAAAUUAUUCUUAAACUAGACCAAAAACCAGCCAUAACCAUAACCUUAGCCAAACUCAGACUUUAAAUCAUUCCUAAACUGGACCGAGACCAGUUUAAACCCUAACCUGAACCCUUCCAGAAUCAGAUUAACCCUUUAAGCGCCAAAGUCGCAAAAUUGCGACAAGCAACAUUGAAUAAAACAGGCUGUAUCUAUAAAUGUGGUGCCGA